CCCUAAGAGAGAAAACGGCAGGAGUGUUUGGUUUCAGGCAGCGAAGAGUCCCAAGAACGAUAAAAGAGAAGAAGAUGGAUUCAAAGACGAAGCAGAUGAUCCUAUCAGCUCUCUGUAAACACUUCUCCGUUGACCCUAUUGGUCUUGGAGGGUCAGAUGAGAAUGAUGUCAAGACGCUGUACUCUAAUGUAGUGAAGGCAUCAGGAAAAGAACUGUCUUCACAAAACAACGAGGAGGUGUUAAAGUGGAUGGAGUAUGCGGAAGGUCUCUCAAAGGAUUGCUUUGCAGCUCUUGAGAAGCUGAAUGCAGAGUUAGCAGUCAAGUCGGUGGUCUUGGGAAAUGGACUGACGCCAUCUGCAGCUGAUGUUGCUGUCUUUGCAGCUUUGCAUUCUUCAGUGCUUGGUCUCUCAGAUUCAGACAAGGAGAAGAUCCCACAUGUCAUAAGAUGGAUGAACUACAUCCAGAUUAAAGAAGAGUUGACAACAUUGUUUGGACCAAUCUCUGUGAAGUUACCACAGUUUGACUUCGAGGUACCAAAAAGUGUCGUCAAGGUGGAUACAAAGAAAGCUGCAGAGAGUCCAAAGCCUGUUGACAAGUCAGAAGCUCAGCCAAGCACAAAGAAAACUGAGCCUGAGGAGCCGAAGAAAAAGGCUGCAAAGGAGAAGGAUGCCAAGAAAGAAAAGAAGAAGCCUGCUGAAGCAGCAGCACCAGCACCAGCUAACAAAGAGACAGAGCUUAGUGUCAGUCUGCUAAAUAUUCAGGUCGGUUUGAUUCGCAAAGCAUGGAAACACCCGUCGGCAGACAGUUUGCUGGUGGAAGAAAUAGAUGUUGGAGAGGGUAAAGUGAGGCAAGUCGUUAGUGGCUUAGCUAAAUUCUGCAGUCCUGAUGAUCUAACGAACCGUCUUGUUGCGCUCAUCACAAAUGUCAAACCUGGAAAGCUAAGAGAUGUAAUGUCAGAAGGACUGGUUCUUUGUGCUUCAAAUGAAGAUCACUCGGUUGUGGAGCCGUUGCUACCACCUGCUGGAGCUAAACCAGGAGAGCGUGUUUCAUUCUCAGGGGUGGAAGGAAAGGCGGAAGAGGUACUGAACCCAAAAAAGAAGCAACUUGAGAAGAUAACACCGCAUCUGUACACUGAUGAAAGUGGUGUAGCCACUUACAAGGGCAUUCCGUUCAUGACGUCAGCUGGACCAUGCACUUCCACUAUCCCCAAAGCUACCAUCAAGUAGUUAUACUUCUUCUCUUUGAUGAUAUUCACGCACUCUGUUGGAUAAAGAAAGUUGUCACAAUUCAAGUUAAGCUAUGACUUUGUUCUUAUUUACUGUUUUUGACUUUUUUUUUUUUGUUAAGCUAUCACCAAACCUUGUUUUAGCCGUUGAUGAUAAUCUUAUUUGACCCUAAACUCGUUAGAUAACUUGUUUCUAGUCUCUUAAA